AUACUCGACUAUCAGGAUAUGAAACCGCCAACACCACCACCUAAGGAUGAUCAGCCAGAGGAGGAGAAGAUUAUCAUAAACCCUUUAGAUAUAGUUGCAGCUAAGCACACUUGUGACGAUGCUGUGAAGAAGAUACUGACUACAUCUCACGGAUAUAAGCAGUCAUUUAAACACACAGAUAUACAGUUAAUUUUUGGUUGGAUCGCUUGUAUCGUUGCUGGAGGUGUAUGUGGAUGGUCAUACACGGUACCAUUCGAGGAAUCCAAGAAUUUGGUUGGUUUAGCCGUAGCAUUAUACGCUGUUUUGAGCGGUUUGCUUUACCUCCACUCACGCUUUAUUAUCUCAAACAAGAUAUUCACAGGAAAGCGUAAGACGCUGCAGGGAAGAAUUGAAACAUCUUCCGUUCAAAUACGAUCAACAACAAUACCUGCAUCAUCAACAAAAGACAAGACAGUACAACCAAAGUAUGAAGUGAAGUUGAGCUACAGGAGAACAGCUAAUGGUGGAAAGUCACUCAUAAACGCUAAGAAGACGUUAUCUUCAAUACCAUACCCAGAUUUAUUCAACAGUGAAGGUGAAUUCCUUCAAAAAGAUUUCUAUAAUUUCAUAAAUAAGGCUACAAGUGAAGUUGAUGAUAUUGUUAACGAUAAAUGAACAUUAAAAGUCGCGUUGAGUUGCUAUUAUCCGUUGACACCCUUACUGCUCAUCCUUUUCUCGAUUUGUGACCCAACUUUCGAGUCUCUUACCCUUCUGCUGGCGAUAGAGGUUAAUAACCCUAUCUCUUUCCUUCUCUAACUCCAUUUGACGCAUCAAUGGGGCACCGACUCUUGAUCCUGCACUUGAAUCCUCAACGCCAAACCUUUUCGCUUGUCUCUUCAUACGUGGUAAUGUAGGUGGUGCUUGUGCAACAUCAUUCAAGCUUCGCCUUUGAUCAGCAACUUCAAAGUCUCUCUCUGGGCGUUCCUCCUCAGAAUCAUCCUCCUCCGCUUGAGCUUCCUGGUGGGCCUUUAGCUCCUCUGCAGCUCUUUUCUUUUGUUUCUCCUUUUCUUGUUCCUUCUCAAUUAUCUUGUUCAUUCUCUUCGCUGCCUUCUCAGAUGUGUUAGACUUGAUUGAAGUGUUGAUAUCUUUACGCAUUUUGUUGUCUAUACGUCUAUUGAAAUCUUUUAGACGCUCAUCUGGUCUGAUUUUC